GUAACCUUGUAAGUAUUCACUUCUAUCUACAGCUGUUUUUGACGUUUCUAAAUCGUACACGUCAAAAAAAAAAGAGGCUGUACACCGUAAAUAAAUAAAUAAAUUCAUAAAGUAUGAAAAAAUGACUGAUCUGGACGGGGAAAAUUGGAUUAACGAAUUAGAAAGCGCAUUGCUAGAGGAAUGUUCUGCAGCUGAUGUGUAUUGCAUUUGCAAGGGUAGACCCUUACCUGAACAGUUGCGGUCGGAUAUAUGGCAGAUUUGUUUAGACGUGAGAGAUAAGGGAAAUCAGCUGAAUCACUUCAACGAAAUAUUUGAUCUUACAAAUCAAACAGCCUUACGAGAAGACUGCACAAGUUUCGUAUCGAAAUUGGGUAACGACGAGGAGGAUAAGCUUUCUGUGGUGUCCGAUUUGGAAUCGAUUCUAACAUUUUACUGCAAAAGUAGAAACUUGGAGUACGAACGGAAUAACGGUUGGAUCGAUAUUUUGCUACCGUUAUUGGCACUUAAGGGUCAAAGAUCCACGACGUAUAAUCUUUUUGAGGCAAUUCGUGAUACAUACAUACCUCAAAGUUGUAAUAAAAAAAACGGAAAUGUGUUUCAUAUUUUAAGGCUGUUGUUACAAUAUCACGAUCCGGAAUUAUGCUCAUUUCUGGAUACGAAGCGGAUUACACCCGACAUGUAUUGUUCGACGUGGUUCCAAUCGUUAUUUGCGGCAACCUGCAAUCUACCUGUCGUUAUCAAUAUGUGGGAUUAUUAUUUCCAGCAGUCCGAUCCGUUCUUUGUAUUUUUCCUGUCCCUGAUAAUGGUUGUGAAUGCGCGUGAACAAAUAAUGCAGAUGAAGAACGAGCCACGCGAGGUGAUAACUGCUACUCUUAUAAAUAUGCCAUGUGCGCUGGAGGCGGAUGAUGUCGGAGAUUUUUGUUCGUUGGCACAGUACUACGCGCUGAAAACACCGUUCUCUUUUCGCAGAGAUUUGAUUCAAGCAAUUUACAGUGAGGAAAAGAUGGAUUCCACCACAAUCUCCCAGGCGUUGUGUUUACCCGUCUCCGUAAACGAAUUGAUUGAAAAUUGCAACUCCACAAGCAAACUGGAUCAGGUUCGCUUUUUUCUGGUAGAUUGUCGACCCAUUGAACAGUAUAAUGCUGGGCAUUUAUCGACAGCUUUUCAUCUUGACUGUAAUUUAAUGUUGCAAGAACCCAGUGCUUUUGCUACGGCCGUACAAGGCCUUUUGUCAGCCCAGAAACAAGCAAUUGUAAUAAAUUCUAGUGCAGGUGGCGAACAUCUGUGCUUUCUGGGUUCCGGUCGGAACGAAGAAGAUCAAUAUACGCAUAUGGUUGUUGCAUCCUUCUUACAAAAGCACACUCAAUAUGUGUCCUUUUUGACAGGUGGAUACAUAGCCGUGCAUAAUUACUUUGGCGAGCACGCGUCCGAAAAUCUUCAAGAUCACGAUCCUACGGUCUGUAUUGUUUGCGCUCCGAACGCGAGAACGAAAACGGGCGACUUAAAGACGGAACCGUCCAGAGAUCUGUUUGGUAAAAUUUCCGCCGCGAUGAAAUCAAAAUCGGCGGAGGUUAAGGGGAAAUUGUUCGAGUACAUUGUUAACCCCAACAGUAGUCCGGUUCAAGAACGUCACGUUAGCAGUACAGAUAAAAUAGGUAAACGAUAUCGUAAUGUUGCGCCCGUGUUUAGUAUCGAUGAUGAUCAAGACAAUCUCGCUAGUAUUCAGGGUGCCGAAAGUGAAGACCCACGCGAAAUCGUAUCAUUACAGGAUUGGUUGCAAAGUCCAGACAUUAUCGAGCAGUUUCCAUGUGAAGAAGUUAAAUUAAACGGUUUGAUGUACAAGAGCUAUUUAAUAGUGACGGAUUCGCAUUUAAUCGUACUACGAGAAAUCUCCGAAAAGAAGGAUAUAGCCGAAAUCAUCGUACGACGGCCGUUGUCCGCAGUUGUUAGAAUAACAGCAAAAAAGAGACAUCCCGAAUUGAUCACAUUCAAGUACGGCGUGCCCGAUGGGGAUUCGGUCCUUAUUUCCGACAUGGAUCGAUUUUUAAUUCCAAAUGCGAGUAAAGCGACAAAAGUUGUUUCCGAUCAGAUUGUAAAACAGUUAAAAUGUAAAGAUUAAUAAUAUGUACUUGUAUUUAAGUUUACCCUUAUCAAUUAUUUGCAACUAACGCACCUCUGUAUUACUAAUUCUAAGGACUAAUCUACUAACCUUCCAUAUUAUACUGGAAAUUUACGGAAAGCCAUUAUUAUUUUAUGAUCACAAAAUGCAUAUGGGUGAAUGGGUUCAUUUGGUAAACUUUUGUGAAAUUCAGUCUCUUAAAAUUAAUAACAUAACAAUUUUUUGUUUAGCAAUGGUAGGCAAUUCGAGUCCGACCUAAUCAACAUCUUACUUUAUGUGGGAAGUGUUUUUUUACAGAUUACCAUUUGCUUCACAUUCCAAAAAUUGAUGAAAUUUGACUAAAUGUAUCCAUUACUCCUGGUAUGUUUCUAAAGCUUUGUAAUCUAGGAAAUAGCAUACACAGAACACCAUUAAAAAAAAGUUAC